AUGCAGAAAAAUCUUCAAGAGUCAUUGACGCAGUCAUUGACCCUAUCGAUGACGCAGAAAAUACAAGAGCUUCUUCAUAACAACAAUUUGGCCGCACAUCAUUCAGCAGCGGGGGCCAACCCAAGUCGAGCCUAUUCUUGUGGAACACGCCUCGCUAGAAUCGACUUCCCUCGUUUUUCAGGUGAGGACGUUAAACAGUGGUUAAUUCAAUGUGAUACAUUUUUUUCUAUUGAUAAUACUCCUGACGAGUUUAAGGUAAGAUUGGCAGCAGUACAUUUUGAGGGGAAAGCUCUUCAAUGGCAUAAUUCUUAUGUGAAACCAGUGGGAUUGCAAAACUUACCUCCUUGGUCAGAAUACACCAGAAUUUUGAUUGAAAGAUUUGGAGAAGUAUGUGAUGAUCCUAUGGCAGAAUUGAUGCAAUUAAGGCAAAAAGGGUCGGUAGUGGAGUAUCAUGAAGCCUUUGAUGCUAUUGUAUCUCGUUUGGAUCUGGAUGAUGAGCACAGGCUGAGUUGUUUUUUGGGGGGACUUAAACAAGAAGUUCAAAUGCUUGUUAGGAUGUUUCAGCCAAAUUCGUUGAGACGCGCUUUCACAUUAGUGAAAAUGCAGGAGGCAACAACUGUAAAUGGAUCUGUGGUUCAAUCUUGGACUUCCAAGCCACCAUUAUUGCCCACACCCUCUAAGACUACCUCCAAGAUUCAAGAUACCUUCAAAUCAAAACAACAGACCUCUAAAACUUUAACCCUUGCUUAUAUGAGUGAAAGAAGGGAAAAAGGGUUAUGUUAUUUCUGUGAUGAACCCUUUACUCCCGAGCAUGGAUUAAGCCAUAAAAAAUUGCAGUUGCAUUUAAUGGAAGUGGAUGAGUUACAAGAUAAUGAGGAGGAAGAAGUGCUGCUUGAAAACUCCAUGGGACCCAAUUCUACAGAUCCCCAAAUUUCUGUACAUGCCUUCCCCGAAAUUGCCAAUUUCCAAACCAUGUGUGUGACCGGUUACCACAAAAAGAAGCCUCUCCAUGUUCUGAAUGACAGUGACAGUACCCACAAUUUUUUGGACAUUGAGGUAGUUAAAAGGUUGGGUUGCAGGAUUGAUGCUUUUGAUUCACUGGUUGUUGUAGAUGGCACAAAGAUAAAUGUUUCUGUAGUAGUUAAAAGAUUUCAGUGGACAAUCCAACAAACCAAAUUCACUUAUGAUAUGUUGCUCAUUCCAUUAGGGUGCUGUGAUUUGGUCUUAGGGGUUGAAUGGCUAGUGUCGUUGGGUGAUAUUGUAUGGAAUUUUAAUAAGUUGCAGAUGGAGUGUUAUGUUCCGGGAAAGAGACAUGUAUUGAGAGGAGCCUCUUCGGGACUGAAAACAGUUAAGAAACAACAAUUGGGGAAAGCUAUGGCAACUGGUGUUCAUUUGUCAUUUUUACAGGUGUGUGAUGGCCAAGGUGGUCUUCUAAAUUCUCUUACUACUCAGGCUGUUGCUGCUGAAGUCCCUCCUGAUGUUGCCAAAUUAUUGGAGGAGUUUGCUGACCUAUUUCAAGAACCUAGUGAGUUACCUCCUAGUAGACCGGGCCAUGACCAUCAGAUUCCUCUAGUCCUAGGAGUUGGGCCAAUUAGUAAGAGACCCUACAGGUAUGCUAAACAGCAGAAAGAUGAGAUUGACAAAUUGGUUCAGGAAUACUUGGCAGCUGGUAUAAUUCAGAACAGUAGCAGUCCUUUUACGAGCCCGGUGGUUUUGGUGGGGAAGAAAGAUGGGUCAUGGAGGCUAUGUGUGGAUUACAGGGAUCUUAACAAACAUACCGUUAAGAACAAGUUUCCAAUUCCCUUAGUGGAUGAUCUGUUGGAUGAAUUGGCUGGUUCUAGCAUAUUUUCGAAAAUUGAUCUGCGGUCAGGAUAUAAUCAAGUGAGAAUGGAACCGACUGAGGUGUAUAAGACUGCUUUUAAGACUCAUGCGGGGCAUUUUGAAUAUUUAGUGAUGCCCUUUGGCCUCACUAAUGCACCAGCAACAUUCCAAGGGCUUAUAAACUCAAUUUUUAAGGAGUUUUUGAGGAAGUUCCUGCUUGUGUUCUUUGAUGAGAUUUUAAUCUACAGUUGUUCAUUGGAAGAUCACUUGAUACAUUUACGAAAGGUUUUGGUAACUACGAGGAAGAAUUCAUUGUUUGCUAAGAGAAGUAAGUGUUAUUUUGGCGUUUCUCGGGUGGAGUACCUUGGUCACUUCAUUUCUAAGGAGGGGAUAUCAACCGAUCCAGCUAAGGUGAUAGCAGUACAGUAG